GGAAUCACGUGCACGUCACUUCGCAGGGAGCCCCCUCCAGUGUCGAGGCCUGUGUGUCCUGGACCCAGGCCUGCUGCAGAAUGAAUGAAUGCAUGAAUGAAGGAAGGCGUGAAUGUGCCAACAGCCUGAGAUCUAUGUCUAGCCUCCAGAGCUGCCCACGCUGGCCCCAUCUGGAGGAGGAAGAGGAGGCAGGAAUAGCCCCCGGGCUCCCCCAGGGCUCCGUGACCCUCAGGGAUGUGGCCGUAGACUUCACCCAAGAGGAGUGGGGACAGCUCGCCCCUUCUCAGAAGGAACUCUACCAGGAGGUGAUGCUGGAGAACUACCGGAACCUGGUGUGCCUGGGACUGGCCAUAUCUACACAAGAUGUGAUUGAGCAUCUGGAGAGAGGGGAAGCACCUUGGAUGCUGGAGAGAGACAGCCCAGGAACUCAUGGCCCAGUUUCAGAGAUAAAGCCUGAAACCAGGGUGUCAACUCCCCACCUGAGCCUUUCUGAGGCAGUAUCCAAUCAGAGAUUACCAAAAGAUAGUCCUUGUUUCUCCAAUUCAGGAAAAGUCUGGGAACGAAAUCCUAGGGUGGAAAGAGAGAAGAGCAGUAAGCAGAAUAAUCUCCAUAAAUGUGAUAAACUUAGGAAGAGCUUUAGACUGAAUACAAACAGAAAAAAAAGUCAUCAAGUCUACGCAGAGAAUGUCAUUUAUAGGUAUCUCGAACAGGGAAAAUGCUCUAAUUACAAUUCAGACCUCAUUUGGUGCCAGAGACGUAAUGCUGCAGCAAAAUCUUAUGAAUGUAAUCAAUGUGGAAAAGCCUUCCAGGGGAGCUCAGGUCUUACUGGGCACCAGAGAAUUCACAGAGGAGAGAAACCUUAUGAGUGCAUUGAAUGUGGGAAGGCCUUCCGAUGGAACACCCAACUUACUGUACACCAGAGAAUUCACACUGGAGAAAAACCAUAUGAAUGUAACGACUGUGGGAAGUCCUUCUGUCGAAGUUCACAGCUUGCUGAACAUCGUCGAAUUCACACUGGAGAAAAACCUUAUGGAUGUAAUGCAUGUGGGAAGGCCUUCCGCCGGAGCACACAGCUUACUGUACAUAAGAGAAUUCAUAGUGGAAAGAAACCUUAUGAAUGUAAUGGAUGUGGGAAGACCUUCCACCAGAGAAAGGGACUUACUCAGCAUGAGAUAAUUCAUACUCGAGAUAAAGCUCAUAAAUGUAAUGAAUGUGGGAAGGGUUUUCGAAGGAGCUCACAGCUUUCUGAACAUCAGAAAGUUCAUACUGGAGAGAAACCUUAUGGAUGUGAUGAAUGUGGGAAAGCCUUUAAUCGGAGUACACAACUUGCUAUACAUCAGAGAAUUCAUACUGGAGAGAAACCUUAUGAAUGUAAUGAAUGUGGGAAGACCUUCUGUUGGAGCACACAGCUUACUGUACAUCAGAGAGUUCACACUAGAGAAAAACUUUUUGAAUGUAAUGAAUGUGGGAAGACUUUCCACCAGAGUGCAUUGCUUACUCGACAUCAGAUCAUUCAUACCGAAGAGAAAUCUUAUGAGUGUUCUGCAUGUGGGAAGUGCUUCCGCCGAAACAUAGAACUUACCCGACAUCAGUCAGUUCAUACUGGGGAAAAACCUUAUGAAUGCAAUGAAUGUGGGAAGGCUUUCCGUCUGAGCACAGGACUACAUCUACACCAGAGAAUUCAUACUGGAGAAAAACCUUAUGAAUGUAGUGAAUGUGGGAAAACCUUCCGCCGGAACACAGAACUUACUCGUCAUCAGAGAGUUCAUACUGGAGAGAAACGUUACGAAUGCAAUGAAUGUGGAAAGGCCUUCAGCCGAAGCACAGGACUUACUGAACAUCUGACAGUUCACACAGGAGAGAAACCUUAUAAAUGUAAGAAAUGUGGGAGGGCUUUCCGUCUGAGUAAGCACCUCACUCAGCAUUACAGAAUUCACAAUGGAGAAAAGCCUUAUGAAGGGAAAAUCUAAUAACUGUAAUAAUCAGAAGGCAUUCAGCUAAAGUGCACUUUCCUGGAAAUUAGAGAAUUCAUACCAUCUGUGAAUUGUUUGGGAAUGGCUGGUAUGUACAGUGGAGAACUGUUGUACACUAAGAAAUGAUGUGUGUGUGAGGAAUUCAGAGAAACUUGAGAAGACUGGUAUGAACUGAUUCAGAGUGAAGUAGGCAGAACCAGAAGACCAGUAUACACUGUGAAUACCGUGAUACAAAUGGAAUCACUACAAGGAAGUUGAAAUUUGAGUAAUUAUAGUGGCUAAGCUUGGUCUUAGAGAACAGAUAAUGAGACAUGACUUCCUACCCUUGGCAGAAAGGUGAAGGGUUACAGGGGAAGAAUGUUGUAUAUGUUGUAUUUGAUCACUUUAUCUGUUGCUUUUUAUAAAAGAGAGUUCAGUUCUUGGGUAGGGGUGUAUAUCUAGAUAUGACUGAUGUAAAAACGCAAUUCAUGAUUUUUUUCAAAAAGAAAUCAGAAAAUUCAAACAUAAAGGAAAUCCCAAAAUAGAUGGAGCAAAUCCCCGUUAAAUUUCCCACAGUGGAAGUUCCAACUUUCUCUCUUUUAAGUCCCCAGCCUCCUUCCUCCAACUCUCACACAGAUGAUGAUUUAAACUCUUAAUUUACUAAGGAUGGCAACUGGUGGGUAUUGUCUCUUUCAACUCCGCUCACCACAACUUGGAAUUCUCAACUUGUAUCUCUUUGGUCCUUUUCCUGUGUCCUUAGUUUUGCCUCUUCUGCUCAUUCCAAGGCCCUUCUCUUGCAAACAUCCUUUGCCUCUCCAGAAUCUUAAAUCUAUCCUUUGCUGGAUCUUUUCCAGCUGCCUGCUCAGAUCUCCUCAUUUAAUAAACUCACACACAGGCACACAAAACAACCCCCUCACAAACCUAUCCUCAACUCACUCCCUCAUCCAACUAUUCACCCAUCUCUCCUUCACUGUCAAACUUUCAAAAAGGCUGCCUACAUCCAAUAAUAAUAAGAGCUUAAAAUUGUAUACCUUCUAAAAGUUUACAGUGGACUUAUCCGAUUUCUUCCUCACAAAGACUUUGUGGCAUAACUUAUACAAGUAUUAUUAUCGCCACUUUAUAGAUGAGGAACCAAGCUUAGAGAGGUUGAGAGUUGCCCGUGGUCACACGAGUGUCCUGCCUCCAAUGUAUCACCACUGGCCAGAUCUUCCACAAUGUGUGACUUGUGUCAUAACUCCUCUACUGAAAUUGUUCUCUCAGAAGUCAGCAGUGUUCUUCUAAAAGCCAAGUUCAAUGGCCUCUCAUUAAGUCCUCAUCCUCUAUGAAGAAUAUGACACUGUUGACCACACCUUCCUUUCUCAUUGUCUUUACUACAUCCUAUGCUUUCCUCCCGACAGUCCCAGAGGCAGAACAAGGAUCAUCAUCACCAUUUUAUAGAUAAGGUUACUGGGACCUGAGACACUUGAGUGACAUGCCCAUGGUCUUAUAGCUGGUUAUUGUGAGAUGUAGAAUUCAAGCCUUGUUCUCUUGACUCCAAGGUCAGCCGUCUUUCUGCUCUACUGUGUUGGUUCCCUUUCAUCGUUGCUGCCACUUGUCCUUUUCUCAUAGCCAUAGGCUAUGUGUUCCCCAUACUUGUACCUUUGAUCUUAUUCUCUUCUCUCCAUAAUCUUAGGAAUCUCAUCUCUCUCUGAGGUUGCAAGUAUCACCUCUAGUGAAGCGGAUUAGCGUUUAUUUCCAGACAUCACUUUACUGCAGAGCAUCAGAGGAGUGCCACCAUUUCUCCCAGCAGCACCACCUACUUACCCAGUCUGUCAUCUAUUCAAGGGUUAUAAGGAGCAGAGGGACUAAGACUUACUCAGCUUGGCCUCAAAAGACCUGAAAUAGGACUGCCUGGGUUGCAGAAGCAGAUCUAGGAUGAUGUCCAGAAAAAAAUGUCCCAGUAAUUACAGAGCUAUGCAAAAAUGGAAUGGAUUGUUUCUCUAUUUAAGGUCUUCAUGCCAAGGCUGGUUGACUACAUCAGGAAUGUUAUAGAGGGAGUUAUUAUUCUGGUACAGGUUGGACUAAAUGGUCCUUUCAACUCACCAGCAGUAAGAGGGAAAUAAUUUUUCUCUUUGUUCUGUUAAAAUCUCUAGCAAAAUCCCAGGGUCAGGUGGGCAAUUUAUUGGAUGUCUGGAUCUCAAAUCAUUCCAUUUGGCCUUUUCCAUUUUAAGCUUGUCACCUUUGAGAGGGGAAAGGAAAAAGGAAACUUCAUAGAUGCUUGGACAUCUGCUUGAAAUAUUACUGUGGAAUUGAGGCUUCAGGAGAAGAACAGGGCCUGGAGAGGAUAUAGGGAGAUUGAGGUGGGUACUUUAGGAAAAGUCUGGGCUAGAUGGCAUCUCAGUAAGAAGAUCACUCUUCCUCAUGGUGGGAGGACUUUGUCAGUGAUCCCCUUCUUCCUCUUUCUCCAGCUUCCUACCUGAACCUGAGAUUCAGGCUGCCCCAUCCUAAGACUCCAGUGCCUUCCCUUCACCGCCUUCCCCAUGGGAAAGUGGUGGGGUCCCCAUCAGCUGGGGGACCUUGUCAGAGAAGUGGCUGCUUAGCCCCUGCUUGAGUUCUUGAUGGGGAGGGGGAGAUUCCUCAGAACAUCUUCAUUUCAAUUCUGUAGAAAAUGUGCCCUACAACAAAUAGAGGGAAUAAACACCCAUUUCUGUUAGUUCCCUCCUCUAUAGAUAAGUAGUCAAAAGAUAGAAAAAGUUAAGUACAGAUUAGCAAUAACCCACUAGGAAGACUGUUCAAUCCUCUCAUAAUUGGAGAAAUACGGAUUACCACAGUGGUUCUCCCACUUCCACCAAUAGCUUGCCCCCACUCUUUAUCCCCCUUUUAUCUCUUGACUUCCUUCUCACUCUAUAUAGAUGGAACCAGAUGUCCUGUAGCUUUCAUUUGUCCUCUCUACACCUACAGGCUCUAGUCCUGGAAGUCUGUUCCCCUUGGCCAAAGUUAAACCAUUCAACCCUUGGGGCCUUCAUUUCCUUAUCUCCCACUUACUUUAAGCAGCCUUAUGACUCCAUCCCUUAACUGAACCUGUUCUCCCCAAGGUUACCAACGAUUUAUUCAUCGUUCUAAUGUAAUGGCCUUAUUGCAGGGGUCUCUUCCUUCUAGUCCUUUCUGCAGCUUUUGGUGCCUCUUCCUCCUGGAUGCUUCUUUUGUAUCAGUAUACUUGCCUGAUUUUCCUUCAACCUGUCUUUCUUGGUCUCCUCUGCUCUGUCAUCUUUGUCCCACCUCCUAACUAUGUUCCCGAAGACUCCUGUCCUGGACCCUCUUCUCUCUACCCUCUUUCAGUUUAUGUCACUGCCCAUGGAUUAAAUUCUGUCUAUGCAGAUUAUUUCUUUAUGUGCCUAGCCUACCUCUCUUUCCUGAGCUCCAGGCUUGCAUCACAUACGUUCUAUGGGCAUCUCAAACUCACCAUCUCCCCCAAAAAGGCCCGCCCCUCCAGAUUUCCUCGUUACUGUCAUCCUUCUAGUUACCCAGGUCCUCAGACCCUUGAGUUAUAUUCAUGGCCUUAUCCCUUAGGCCUCCCCUGCCAUAUCCAGUUAGUAGCCGUGGUCCCUAUUCUGCCUCCAUAAGCCUCUUGCAUCCCCUUCUCAGCUACAUCAGGGGCUCAUCAGCUCUUGCUUGUAUCAAUGCUGCAGUUUUCUACUCAGCCCCUGCUUUCAGGGGCUUCUCCAGUCCCUCUAGCUGCCAUAAGAGCCUUCUAAAGCUGAGGUCUGACUAUGUGCCUCCCUUAUUUAGGAAGCUUCACGUGCUCCCUAUUGCUUCUAGGAUACCAUACAAACUCCUCAGCCUAGCAUUUAAAGCGCUUCUGUCUCCUGCCUGAUUUUACAGAUUUACUUUAAUCAUCUUCACAUAAUGGCUUGUUUCAGCCAAACUGGCCUUCUUGCUGUUGCCUGAACUCCCACCUCUGUGCCUUUAAUUAGACUGUCCCCCAUUCCUGGAAUGCAGUCCCUGCUCACCUCACCCUCUAAAAACAUGUCUUCCUUUGUGGCUAAGCUUAGGUGUCAUCUUCUAUGCAGAGCUUCCUCAAUGUCACCAAUUAUUAGGACUCUUUCCUCAAGUUACUCGGUACUUACUGAUCCGUGCAUGUGUAUCUAUUGAGUGGAAUGUAGGCUAUCUGAGGGCAGGGACUGUUUUCCAUUUGGUCUUUGCCUCCUAAAUGCUUAGUUUAGUGCCUGGCACAUAGUAGGUGCUUAAUUUGUUGAAGUGAAUUGAAAACUGUUCAUGUACUUUGGCCCAGUGAUCUGCAUUCUAAGACCUGACAACUCAGAAAAUGUUAUUGUUUGGAAAUGAAAAUUUUAUUGUUUGUGAAUAAAAAUAUUCCUGGUGAGA